UCCAGCAGCGGCGGCGGGGGAGAGAUUUCUGUACAGGUGUCCUGUUUUUUUCUUCUUCUUCUUCUUCUUCUUCUUCAUUCUGACACCUCGGAGACAAGAUCCGACUAUAAGCAGCCUAACACUGCUAAGGAGGAAUCGAAGCAGAUAAAAAUAAUAAACGAUCCGCCUUGAAAAGAGCCGCGGCGGAGAAGAUCUGCCCGUCUGGAUGAGAGACCCCCGCUGGGUGAAGACACGCCGCCGAUGACUGGAGCCGAGGCAGGGAUGGAAACCGAGCGCAGCGCAGAGGAGGCGGCAUCAUCAGGCAAAUUAUCGCCUCGCUGAUCAUCUCAACGCUUUUUAUGCUUCAGUAACAGAUUAACGGCUGGUGAUAUUUUCUGUCCGCUGGAGGCUGGGACGGUGGCAUCUGCUGUCGCCAAAUUCCAUUUUUCAUUCUGCAGAUGUCGACUGCAGGAAGGAGACGAAGAAGAAGAAAAUGAAGAAGAAGCGGCCUGUUUGUGUCGGGUGAAGCCUUCAAGGAUUAAUCACUGAUCGCCAUGAACGGCGAAUCAAUGUGGGUUAUCUUCAUCUGCUCGUGGAUAACUCGCGUGGGCAGCUUUCACGCCUUGCGGGUGAUGUUGUCACUUUGGAUAAAAUACGUUUAAAACAAUAAUGUGAGAUGUGUAUUGAAACCCAUUGAAGAAGGAAUACCACAGCAGCAGAUGGGCUGGUGUUAGGUGAUGAUCAGUAUGGGACUGACCUGACUUUGUGUCAACACUCUGCUGGGUGCCAGCCGGAAGAUGUCAUCCUCCCAGGCACCUGGUUUGGGCUCCAAUUUCACUGAUGAUCCCCUGGAGUAUGGCUUCACACUGUCCAGUCAGGACCCAGUCUGGUCCUCCUUGGCUGACAGUGUGGUGAGGGUGGUGCUCAUAUCUGUGAUUGUGUGCCUCUCUUUGUUUGGGAACGUGGUCGUUCUCCUGGUUUUCCAAAGGAAGCCUCAGCUCCUUCACGUCGCCAACCGCUUUGUCCUCAACCUCCUCCUGGCGGAUCUCCUCCAGACUGUCUUAGUCAUGCCGUUUGCCAUUGCGGCUGCCUUGCCGGGUGUGUGGCCACUGGAUGCUCGGCUGUGCCAGGCUCUGGUGGUGCUCAUGCACCUUUUUGCAUUCGCUGGAGUCAACACCAUCAUUGUUGUCUCAGUGGAUCGCUACCUGGCCAUUAUCCACCCUCUGUCUUACCCGACCCGCAUGACCCCACACUUAGGCACCAACCUGAUCAUUGCCACCUGGGUGCUCAGCGUCUUGCAGAGCACACCGCCUCUCUACGGCUGGGGCGCCAUAGAUUUUGACCGUCAUUCCAAGGUCUGCACAGUGGUGUGGUCCUCCAGCUUGUCCUAUUCUGCUGUGGUGUUCACCUUUUCCUUUUGGCUUCCAGUGCUAAUCAUGCUCGGAUGCUACUGGAUGGUGUUUAGAGCUGCUAGGAGACAGAAUGCAUUAGUGCAUCCUAUUCAGACUCAAUCAUACUCGCAGCCGUCCCAGCAGGAAUUUCAGGGCCCCACCAGUCCGCAGCAGCUUUCUUUACCCCAGCAGGCAAGUUCACCUGAGGGCCCCUACACAGCCCGAAGACACCCUGUUCGAGUUAAACACAGACGGUUCCACUACCACUGCAAGGCAGCUCGUGUAGUGUUUGUCAUCAUGGCUUCAUAUAUCUUCAGUAUGGGUCCCUACAGCAUUCUGAGUACCAUUUCGAUGAACACCAGAGCAAAUGUGCCCCCGUGGUUGUCCUCCACUGCCCUUGUGCUCUUCUUCUUGCAGUGCUGCCUUCAUCCGUACAUUUAUGGCUACAUGCAUCGCAGUGUGAGAAAAGAGUUCCUGGCUUUGCUUUAUGGGAUGCUCUGCAAGCAGGGUCGUCCACGACACAGCUCCACAGUGGAGGGCUGCUUCACCGCGACGGAGGGACACCCCAACGCUCACCCUCACCUCCCCAGUCUGCCUGCUCGAGUUUUCCCCAUGCAGACUUGGGAAGAGUGCACAACGUCAUCCUCUCCUACUUGUGAGAGGAAGUCAAGAGGCAGCCGCAGAGAGACCACCUCUACCAGUUUCAGCUCAGAGAGAGAGCUUCCUGUUCACGGCCAGCAAAGCUCAUGAUCUGCACUGCAAUCAUCAGAAAGGAAACCUUUAUUCCUAUGUGAGGAGUUCCUGUGGAUGGGAGGUGAUAAAUGUGGAUCUAGCCUGCUGAGCUUGUAAGCGGUGGUACUGAAUACAUUACCAUUCACUUGUCAAUCGUUUGGUGGUUUGUCUUAAACGGAAAGUGCAAGCUUUUUGAAUUUAGGUUUCCUUAAAAUAAGAAGAUAAUAUUUUAAAAGCAGUAGGUAACUCUCUAGAUUCCAGCAGACUCCUACUGUCUUUAAACAGCAAAAACAUUCAUGUAAACACAGUUUUAUGAACCUUUAAAUUGCUCUAAUGUUAGCAUUGGGUGUUUUUUUUCACAGAAAUUGAUGCUUACAGUCUAUUUGAUUUGUAUAGAAAGUUGAAGGUCUGAUCUGGGUGAAGGCAUCACAUCCAAGUGUUUUCUUGUUGUAAUUCGGAAAACUCAACUGGAUUUGCUGUUUGUUUUUGUGGUAACUAGCUAAACACUGUGUUUUCUUCUAUUUUAUGUGUACAAAUUUUAAAGAAACAUUGUCACCAUUAAAUAACAUAAAAUGUAUAGGAGACCUUAUACAUUUAAUGUUGGUACAAGAAAAUAACUGGUGGUGCACUCCCUCCUUCCUUAAUUUCCUGUUUCUUGUGUAACUAAUCAACAACUCAUGUGUUAGUAGUGUAAAUGACAAUGGCUUAAAGAUUUAUAAAAUGGUGCUCCAAAAAACUGCUUUCAGAUUUUGAGCCUAGAGUUAUUUUAAGAUGGUAGAAGACCACUUUGGUGUCCCUCUUUGGGCAGCCAUUAUCUUUAAGCCAACUAAUCUGGAUUUAUAUUAAAUAAAGUGAGUUAUCUACUGCAGUUAAGAUAUUGUCAGAACCUAACCUCAGAAAUCCCAAACUAUCCCUUUACGCUUCUCCAAUGGAGUUUAUUAUACAAGGAUAAAAGUUUUAUCCAGUCAAGAGUAUCAAACUGGCUGGGUUUUUUUUAAUAUGUAAAUGCAGUUAUAAAAGUUACAACAUAAAUUGUAUGCACAAGACUUGCUGUUGUCAUCAUGUUCUGUCUGUAAAACCAUUAUCAGAAGUAUCCAAUAUUGUAAUUGCUGAUGUUUGAAUUUCAAAAUGGACCUUUAAAGUAUUUUUUAAUUUUCACUAAUCAAUCCAGACCUUGCCCUAAAAUGAAAUAUCUUUUUUCUGACACAAACCAAUAGUAUCUUGAAUUAAUGGUUAGUUUAGCAAGACCUCUCCUCUAGUGUGUUUUAUGUGAAGCAUGCUGGAGGUCACAGCUUUAUUUCCAUCUUACCAACUCAGGGUGCUGCUCACAGACUAAGAAAAAUGAUGUGCCCA